AAUCUACUAUAUAAAGGCCAAAGGGCCAAAGUACGUUCUCCCACAUCUUGCCUCCAUUGCCUCCAUUUCUGCUCUGUAAACACUUGGUUAGUUCUUAGAAUAAUUGCAAAGAGUCGAUGGCUCUUAUCGGUAAGCUGGUAAGCCAAACAGAGAUCAAGUCCGAUGGUGAUGCGUUUCAUGAAAUGUUCAAAAAUCCACACCGCAUAUCCAACAUCUGCCCUGGUAAAAUUAAGGCUGUUGAUCUGCAUGAAGGUGAUUGGGGAACUGUAGGCUCCGUCAUCAGCUGGAAAUAUGUCCAUGAUGGAAAAGUAAAGAUUACCAAGGAGAUAAUCGAAGUUGUAGAUGAAGAAAAGAAAUCAGUGACUUUCAAGGUAAUUAAAGGAGACCUCACUGAGCCGUACAAGAGCUUCAUUUUUAUUCUUCAUGUUGAUGCUAAGGGUGAAAGUAACCUUGUGGCAUGGACUCUGGAAUAUGAGAAGCUGAAAGAUGAUGUACCUGAUCCAGCUACAGUGAUGGACAUUUGUGUUAAUAUGACCAAAGAUAUUGAAACUUAUCAUCUCCAAAAAUAGCCACAAAGUGUCAUGGAUUGGUGUUGCUGAGUACACGAAUAAAUAUUGAGUGAUAUGUCAAAUACUAGCUGUAAUAAGUUAGGGGGAGUUCUUAUGAGUGAUAUGUAAAAUAAUGAAUAAUAUGUUAUAUAAAUAUGGGUGUGUAGAAACUUGUACUUGCAGCAGUGUAUUACAUAUUUGUGGUUGCUUAUCAAUAAUUAGUAAUAUACAUACUGUUUGAUGUUAUGCAUUAA